GUUUAUCCGGUGUGAUAGUCAAUUUUAUUGAAAGAAUUGUUUCGUAUCGCCGAAAAUGCCCCAACGUCGUGCAUGGAAACAGCCCAAACAAGAUCACAGUGUUUACGUGCAGCAGUUGUUUAAAGAUUUUCUCACACGGAACAAUGAAGUUCCCAUAGCCGGAGCAACAAACAAUGCUCGGACGAACUGUUUUCGGCCUGAACCGUGUAUUUCGAAGCCGCGAAAGCAACCGGGAAUAUUUGACCGUGCUGUGUAUGCUCGCUUUGAGCGCAAUACAAACAGCGGCUGCUUCAUGCGGCAAGAACCAACAAACCGGUCGAAAACAGGACUAAUGCGAUGGAUAGAUCAAACACGCAACAAAGGUGCACCACGGAAUUUGGCACAGAAAGCAUCAUCGCGAAUGGAUGACUAUCUGAAUCUACCUGGUAAUUUCUUCUCCGGUACAGAACAAAUGGAAUUACCAUUCGAAGUGGCUGAUAAAACGUUUGGCAACGUUACAAACAACUUUAUUCCACCGGCAACAUCGACGCCUUUCGAUCGCAUGGCUUCGUUCGGUGUAUCCGGUGUACUCUCUGAUCCGGAAGAACUACAGACGAAUCAUUCCGAAGUUCGGCCGACUUCUGCUAGCAGCACAAAGUCAAGUGAAUGGGAAAUGUUUUUAAAAAGUUGUGGAGAAUAUUUAGCAGACGUUACCAAAAAGCACGAUUGUGGCAGCGAGCUAACCUAUCAACGUAAAGAAAUGGAAAAGCUUUUAAAUACAGAUGACAUUAAUCUUCCUGAAAAAUCUAUGGAAACCAUGCCUGCAAUCGUUUCAAAACGCAGUAAUGUUGUUGACGAACAGCAAAUAAACACUGGGAAUGAAUCGCAGUUAGACGAAAGCAGUUGCCCCACAAAUAGACAAGCGUGUGAGCUUAUAUCGUUGGCAACGCCUAUGAACCAUGCAGAUCCAUUUCCAACCAUUUUAGACGAUCCAAUCCCGGAGCAGGACUUACUUGCAACAACUAACCAUAAAAAAAGAAAUAAUGUAACUUUUUUGCUUGAACCAUUUUCUCCAGCAAAGUUUGAAUCGGGUUCCAGACUAAAAAAGGUAUCUCCUCUAAAAGAUGACAUGCUUCUUACUGCAUCGCCCCCUUCUCCAACUUUGUCUUCGAAUCGUAGACAUUGUUUGUACGAGGAAAGCACGUUCCUUCUCGACCAGAUGCCGUCGGACAACACACUAAUGGAAAAGUUGGAUGCAUUGCUGGAGGAAGAAGAAUUUAACAUACAGGGAGAUACCAUGGAACAGGAGUUUAAUUUUUGUACUCCAGCGCAUCAUCAGGCAACGUUUAACGUUUCUUUUCCGAACCAGUUCGGGUUGGUUAAUAAUUCUGCAGAUGAUUCGAUCAUUACCAAUGCGGAAUUCACCGAUACGCCUUUAUAUUUUUCGCAAGACAUGAUGAUGGCACCAACUCUGCAGGAGUUUCAGGAAGCAUUGUUUUGA